AUGCUGGAGGCGGCGGCGAUCCCUGAGCUGUGGAGCACCGUGCACGGGUGGUUCACCCCAUGGGUGCUGUUCAUCCUGCUCAACCUCGUCGUCCUCACCAUCUUCGUCACCUCCAUGGCCACGGCCCCGGCGGAGGGCGGAGAAGGGACUGCGCCCGGUGCUGACGGCGAGAGGAGGAACCUCGCCGUCCGGCCGUCAAUGGAGCUCGACCGGCACCGGUCGCCCAACCUGCCUCGCUUCACCGCCCCCGCCUCUGAGGCCCCGGCGACCGGAGUACUGGAUCUGGGGCAGCCCGACGAUCAGCCGCCGGCGCUCGAGAUGGAGCCGGAGAAUCCGGGUGAGCGCGAGCACGCGCGCAUGGAGAGGAGCAUGUCUGAGGCGGCCGUCGAGGCCGAGCUGCCGCGGCGGCCGGCGAGGCUGCGCAAGUCGGCGAGCGACAAGUCGGCGUUCGCGCACGUCGUGGCCAAGAAGGACAUCGAGGUGAUGGAGGUGCGCAGGCCGGCGACGACGAGGGACGCGGAGCGCGGCCGCCCCCUGGUGGCGAAAGCGGAGGAGCCGGCGUCGGAGGAGGAGAUCCAGGAGGCCGGCAGCGAGGUGGACGCCCGCGCGGACGAGUUCAUCAACAAGUUCCACCACCAGCUGAAGCAGCAGCGCAUCGACUCCUUCAGGCGCUCCCGGAAUGCGCUCCACCGCCGCCGGGCGUCCGUGGUGCCAGAGGCGCGCUAG